CUUAAGACCAGAUGGCUUUGCAAAGCUCUGCUGAAAUGAAUGAACCAAUAAAUGACAUUGAAAAACAUGAUCAGAAGAAGCACUUGGGUGAUAGUUUUAUGGGGAUAGACAUGUCAUUGAAGAACCUAGAAUCCUCGUCCUUUCCUUUGGAAGUGAGGUCAAGCAGGCUUGAUUCAAUGCUUGAUGAUGUGGCAGAAUCAGAAAUCAUGUGGGAACACCUUGUCAUUGGGGAAAGGAUUGGAUUAGGUACCAUUUUUUCUUAUGGGCAAGUGUACCAUGCAGAUUGGAAUGGCACGGAAGUGGCUGUGAAGAAAUUCUUGGACCAGGAUUUUGAUGGAGAUGCUUUGGACGAAUUUCGGAGAGAAGUGAAAAUAAUGCGUAGGUUGCGGUGUCCAAAUGUUCUUUUUAUGGGUGCUGUGACUCGCCCUCCCAACUUAUCAAUUGUUUCAGAGUUUAUUCCCAGAAGUCUAUACGGAAUUCUUCACUGUCCAAAUAGUCAAAUUGAGGAGAAGCGAAGAAUUAAAAUGGCCCUAAAUGUGGCCAAAGGCAUGAACUGUUUGCACACCAGCAUACCAACAAUUGUCCAUCGUGAUCUGAAAUCUCCAAAUCUGUUGGUUAACAAGAACUGGACUGUGAAGGCAUGCGAUUUUGGCCUCUCGAGGUUGAAGCACAACACAUUUUUAUCAUCAAAGUCAAUUGCUGGAAUACCUGAAUGGAUGGCACCAAAGGUGUUGCGCAAUGAACCAUCAAAUGAGAAGUGUGAUGUGUACAGUUUUGGAGUGAUAUUAUGGGAACUUGCAACUCUGAGGAUGCCUUGGUCUGGUAUGAACCCAAUGCAGGUGGUGGGUGCUGUUGGCUUCCAGGAUCGCGGUCUAGAGAUUCCAAAAGAGGUUGAUCCUCUCGUAGCCAAAAUAAUCUGGCAGUGCUGGCAAAAAGAUCCAAACUUGCGGCCUUCCUUUGUGGAUCUCACAACAGCUCUUAAGUCUUUACAACGGCUUGUUGUCCCUGCUUAUCAGGAUGCGCAAAACCCACCUUUGGCACAAGAAAUAUCAGUAAACACAACACCUUGAACAUACUAAAUGGUAAAUAAGCUAAGAAUAUCCAUCCAUUUAUUACUUUUUGUAGUGCUUAGUAGCGCCC